CUAAAUUUUUAAAAUUUUUCAAGUUAAAAUAAAAGUUUUGUAACUAUGGAUAUCGGUACGCCCUCAAACCAACCCAUCCUGGACACCUGCGAGAUGUAUCCUCGCCGCAGGACAACGGAGUUCUACAAGUCUCCGGAACCCAGAGCCUCGUGCCAAAGUCAACGGGCGGAACAUCCGGCGGAGGUGCUCAACAUAACUCCCGACGAGAAUCGAGAGGCCGCUCGCAGACUUCCUCGCAUCCAGCCCCCAAAUAAUUCGGACAGUAUUUACCUGCGAAAUGGGUACUUUUCGUAAAAUAAAUUUGUAUUUCCUGUGCA